AGAAUCAUUGAUUUAGGUCAGCGACGACACGGACCUAAACCCACUGGUGGAUGCAAUAGAUUAAGAAAAUUCUGAAGAAGAUAAUGUCGACGAUCACAUUAGGUGUUGAACUAUUCUAUCCCCCCCCCCCCCCCCCCCCCAAAUACCAGACGCCUUUAGUGCGUAAAGUUCCAAAUGCCACAGCCGUUUACACAUUUAGCUAUCGGUGUUUUUCGAGGCGUUUGUGAUAUUACUUUCAGCAUUGUUCCAGAGUUUCACCAGAUCAGUGUACAGAGCGCUCUACCUGUAGGGAAUGUUACCGGUGUGUAGGGGACUCCGUUUGGAACACGCCCUGCUGCUGUGAAAGGUGGCGAUAGAGAGACCCCGGACCAUCCCCAGCACAGACUUCACCUGGGAACAAGCGAUCCGAUGCAGCGGGAGACUGGAACCCCGAACAUACCCACCGAUGAGAUCAGGAAGAGUUUUACCCGCACACUUUGGCUCGUCCCGGGGACGUGUGUCUCUCUCUGUCUGCGUCUCGGAGCACCUGGAUCUGCGGGGAGCGCGUUGCAGUGAGGAGCUCACUGAGUACCUAGUAGGACCACCGCGGGCACCAUGAGCAGGAAGACGCGUCGAUGGAUUUUCCAUUUUUUCAUGUGCCUUGGGAUUGUCUAUUUGAAAAUUGGGGGUCUGUCGUCCGUGGUGGCACUGGGAGCGAGCAUCAUAUGUAACAAGAUCCCGGGUCUGGCCCCUCGUCAAAGGACUAUAUGCCAGAGCCGUCCCGAUGCUAUCAUCGUGAUCGGAGAAGGAGCGCAGAUGGGCAUCAAUGAGUGCCAGUUUCAGUUCAAACACGGACGAUGGAAUUGCUCGGCCCUUGGCGAAAGAACGGUGUUUGGAAAAGAACUGAAAGUGGGGAGCAAAGAGGCGGCGUUCACCUACGCCAUCAUCGCGGCGGGCGUGGCCCACGCCAUCACGGCGGCCUGCACCCAGGGCUCGCUGAGCGGCUGCGGCUGCGACCAGGACAAGCAGGGCUUCCACAGCCAGCAGCAGGAGGGCUGGAAGUGGGGCGGCUGCUCGGCCGACGUGCGCUACGGCCUGGGCUUCUCCAAGGUGUUCGUGGACGCGCGCGAGAUCAAGCAGAACGCCCGCACCCUCAUGAACCUGCACAACAACGAAGUGGGCCGCAAGGUGCUGGAGAAGGGCAUGCGCCUGGAGUGCAAGUGCCACGGCGUGUCGGGCUCCUGCACCACCAAGACCUGCUGGACCACGCUGCCCAAGUUCCGGCAGCUGGGCUUCCUGCUGAAGGACAAGUACGGCACGGCGGCGCACGUGGAGCCGGUGCGCGCCAGCCGCAACAAGCGGCCCACUUUCCUGAAGAUGAAGAAGCCGCACUCGUUCCGCAAGCCCACCGACGGCGAGCUGGUGUACAUCGAGCGCUCGCCCAACUACUGCGAGGCGGACCCGCGCACGGGCAGCGCCGGCACGCAGGGCCGCCUGUGCAACAAGACGGCGCCGCAGUCGGACAGCUGCGACCUGCUGUGCUGCGGCCGCGGCUACAACACGCACCAGUACUCGCGGGUCUGGCAGUGCAACUGCAAGUUCCUGUGGUGCUGCCACGUCAAGUGCAACACGUGCAGCGAGAGGACGCAGAUGUACACGUGCAAGUGAGGGAACACGGAGGUACGGAUCGGGGACGCCGUGGUCUUCACGGGGCCGUGGAGGUUAGGGUGGUGGUGGUGGUGGUGGUGGCGGUGGUGUGGUUUUGCUGUGGUGGGACACACGGCCCUGGAGAAAGGGACGCUUGGCUGGUCUCCUGCCCCCCCCCCCCCCGCAGUCCUAACCUGGACAAGAAGACGGAUGGACAAGGUGGAGGUGUUGGUCCCCAAGUAUCAAAGCACCGCACCACGCGGUGAUCUAGAUGUAGGCUCCCUGUUCCCAGGAGAGCAGAUCGCCCUCACAGAGGGAGAUCAACCAGACACUGUCGGACAGAACCACCACACUGGAGGGACCAUCAUCCACGGACAAUGCGCCCUGGAUAUGUGGAGCGUGUUCGUAUAUUCUGGUUCUGCCUCUGGGAGAUAACACUGUUGUGUUGGGUUGAAGUGCCCUCAAACUGCAGUAGGGAUGUUUCUUUUAUAUCUUCAGGCAUAGGAUCUUGACUAAUAAUAAUUUAUUAAUGAAAUACGAACAAAAGUACUACUGAGAAUUCACGAUCGACUAAAUCCGGGGGUUUUGCGUCGUAGAUACACUAGCGAACCACUCACGACUUUUCAGUCGGCGUUUCUUUUUAUGAAAUAACUUAAAACACUGGACCUGCAUGCAUGUCAUAUAACACGGAAUCUAACCAGAGAGCUAGUUUGUGUUCAUCAACUCAAUCGUACGAGAUAAGCUUUUGCGCGAGGCCGACAGAAGGGUGUGAAGGGUGUGAAGGGUGUGCCCCUACUGAACAGUGGAAGAUAGCGUUGUGCGAUAGCAUUGCGCGAUAGCAUUGCGCGAUAGCAUUGCGCGAUAGCAUUGCGCGAUAGCAUUGCGCGAUAGCUAGUGUUGUUCCCCCCGCCCCUUCCCAGUUUGCUGCUAGUGAUCCGGAGAGUUCCAGGAGGGGGUUCUGGGAGAGAAGCGAGACCCCCCCCCCGCCCCCCACAGCCGUUACCCCGUACGACGAGCCAGCCGUAAUACAAAACUCGGAGCGACUUUGAACGCCGAUAGAAUAUAUUUUGUAAGAGAUUAUUUUUUUAUAUGAGUAUUUUAUUUAUUUUUCUGCUUUUUAAAAAGAUAUCUGUCUGCCCGUUUAGAGUGGCUGUCUUUAAAAUACGUUAUUCGGGGGGAUUUAUUUGGUCACCGUUUUUUCUUUCACAACAAAUCGUGUAACAAUGGAACGUUACUAUUUUACAUGUAAAAAAAUUCAUCUAACAAUUUUUCAGGAAAAUAAAAUAUAAAAGAAAACCCAUGUGAUAUAAUUGCCAUCUAUUCUGUCAGUUGUAAAAGUUAUGGUCAUCAGAGACUCUUCUUUGCUACCGAAAACAACUCUUCUUCAUCGGACUGGUCCCAGAAGGUCACUGUGGAAUGUAUUUAUUUGUAGUUAUUAUCAACACAACAGAGUUCUAGUAAUUUAUGUCCUAUAUCAUUACAAACCUUUAUUUAACAAGCCAUUCACUUACAUGUGGACUCUGUCCUGGUUUGUUUUAUCCUAUUUCUGUUAUUGCUAAUAAAUAUUGGCUCGGAAACAAUA